AUUUUAUAUUUUUUAUAUAAUGGGUCGAAGAAAAAGUAAAAGAAAGCCACCAAGCAAGAAAAAAGCAAUUCAACCAUUAGAUACCCAAUUUAAUUGUCCAUUUUGUAACCAUGAAAAAUCAUGUGAGGUUAAGAUGGAUAAAUCAAGAAACACUGCAAGAAUUACAUGCAGAGUUUGUUUGGAGGAUUUUCAAACAACAAUUAAUUUACUUUCGGAACCUUUAGAUGUCUACAAUGAUUGGAUUGAUGCAUGUGAAAGUGCAAAUUGAAAAUUAUUGUUAUUUUAAUGUUUAAUUCAAAUUUAAACAUUAACAAACAUUUAUCAAAUUAUUAUUGAUAGACCUAUUUAUUUCUUUGAUUUGCUAAAUUGUAAACAUUUUAUAAUAUAAUGAAUAUUGAAUUGUACACAACGCAUAAGUAAUUGUAUACAACGCAUAAGUAAUUGUACACAACGCAUAAGUAAGAACUUUGCUUAUAUAUGCUUUAUAUAUUACUGAAAAGAUAUUUAUAAUUCUGUAAAUUUAAUAUUUUAUUAGUUCAAAAUAAUACAACUUUAUAUAUGUCUUAUAUAUAAUUAUUAUAUAUAAUUAUAGUAUAGAUACAGGUCAUUAAUUUUAAUUAUAUGAUAUUCGUAUAAAAAUAACAAAAAUAAUAAAAAAUAUAAUUGUAAUAACCUAUGCGUGUAAGAAAAGGAUAUGUAAUAUUUUGUAAUAAAUGUUUUUAUCAUACACAUUAUGUAUUAUGUAAAUAAUAAUGAAAAAAAUAAAUCUUUUAUAAUGUUUUAA